AUGCCCACUAAGCCGCGGAAUGACACGGUAGGACGGCCAGUUCCUCUCCACCCCGACUUUGACCCCAACAUACUGAUUAUUAAUGCUAUCAGUCGUGACAAUAGUCUGAAAUACAGUGUCACACUUCUGUUGGUGGCAGCCAUGGUGGCUUGUGUUCUGGCGGGAGGCUCUGGAGGCGGUUAUGGUGGCGGCUACGGAGGAGGCCGUGGAGGCUAUGGCGGAGGCUAUGGUGGGGGCUACGGAGGAGGCUCUGGAGGCGGUUAUGGUGGCGGCUACGGCGGUGGUCGCGGAGGCUAUGGAGGCGGAUAUGGCGGCGGUCGCGGAGGCUAUGGUGGUGGAUACGGAGGCGGAUAUGGCGGCGGUCGCGGAGGCGGUUAUGGUGGCGGCUACGGAGGCGGUCGCGGAGGCGGUUAUGGUGGCGGUUAUGGCGGCGGUCGCGGAGGUGGCCGUGGAGGAGGCUAUGGUGGCGGCUACGGCGGUGGCUACGGAUACGGGAAAUAA